CCUCCUGACCAUCAAUCCGGUCGAAAAUUGUAUCGAUAGAAGAAAAAUAACUUCGAGCAACUUUCACGAUGAGUUUGAACGAGCACUCAAUGCAGGCUUUGUCCUGGAGAAAACUGUACUUGAGUCGAGCCAAACUAAAAGCUACCAGCCGCACUUCAGCUCUUCUGUCGGGAUUCGCAAUGGUUGCCAUGGUGGAGGUGCAGCUGGAGCCGGAUCAUCAGUAUCCUCCAGGGCUGCUGAUAGCCUUCAGCGCCUGCACCACGGUCCUGGUUGCAGUACACCUCUUUGCCCUCAUGAUCAGCACCUGCAUCCUCCCAAACCUCGAGGCUGUCAGCAAUGUUCACAACCUCAACUCUGUCAACGAAUCACCUCAUGAGCGCAUGCACCGCCACAUUGAGCUGGCCUGGGCUUUCUCUACAGUUAUUGGCACCCUUCUCUUCCUCACAGAGGUGAUGCUCUUGUGCUGGGUGAAGUUCUUACCCCUCAAAAACGCCUCGGAAAAAAACGCAACCAUAAGCUCCGGUGAGGCCGCAGCCAUCGCUUCCACCUGCAUCAUGGUGCCAUUUGGACUCGUUUUUAUUAUGUUCGCCGUCCACUUCUACCGCACGCUGGUCAGUCACAAAACGGACCGGCAGAUCAGAGAGCUGGAGCAGGUCAUUCGGCUCCAGAACCAGCUGGACCAAAGGCCUGAGAAUGAUGACCUUAAGUCUGCUGUCCAUAUUGCUUAAUUAUAACCAGAUAGCAUACAACAGCAGCGGACAUUCAGCGGUGCUUUUAUUGUAAAAUGUAUGUUUAAGAACUGUGCGCAGAUGCUUUUAAUGUUAUUGCAAGUUUCAACUGUUCAACGUUGCAGGUUUUGACUCAGUCCAGAGUGCAUGGUCACAGUCUUCUGUACAUUAUAUAUUACUGUAGGAAAAUAGUUCUGCCUUCAGCAUUCAGGUAAACAUUUUGUUCUCAGGCUGCAACCUUUUCGUGGCUUUUUUUUAUAUUAUAUGUAACACUACAUAUUUUAGGGCCACGUGUGUACUAGUGUGCACUGUUAUAAAAAUUGAAGCAACAGCCAUUUGUUUGGCUUUUUUAUGAAGGAAAUAGCUUGCUACUUAUUUAAUAUGCCAAAAAAUACACUCCUCGGAACUGAAUACUACACUGUAGUUUAGUUGUA